AUGGCUCUGUACAAACUGGGUCUCUGGGCAAGCCUUUGGGCUACAUUCCACACUGCUGCUGCCAAGUUAGACCUCAACAGCCAGACCAACAUUGCCAUCUACUGGGGUAUGCUCUAUCUGUAUCAAUAUGUCGUUCAUCCACCGGUCUCGCCGCACAGCAACGAUUGUCCUAUUAUUGUCAGAGUCUUCCAACUCGCCUUUGUCACCAGAAUCAACGGCGCCAAUGGUCUCCCAGAGGUCAACUUCGCCAAUGCAGGCGACAACUGCACCACCUUUGAAGGCACAAACCUCCUCAGCUGUCCUCAGAUAGAAGAAGACAUCCCCAUCUGUCAAUCCCUCGGCAAGACCAUCCUCCUCUCCAUUGGCGGUGCAACCUACACCGAAGGCGGCUUCACCAGUGAGUCCGCCGCCAUCGCCGGAGCCAACAGCGUCUGGCAGACCUUCGGCCCUCCCAGCAACAACCCCUCCACUCUCCGCCCCUUCGGCAAAGCGGCCGUGGACGGCUUCGACUUGGACUUUGAGUCCCCCGUCGCCAACAUGCCGGCCUUCGCCAACCAGCUCCGCUCCUUGUUCAGUUCCGACCCCUCCAAGCAAUACUACCUCACCGCCGCCCCGCAAUGCCCCUACCCGGACGCCGCCGACGGGCCCAUGCUCGACGGCGCCGUCUCCUUCGACGCCAUCUGGGUCCAGUUCUACAACAACUACUGCGGCCUGCAGGCGUACAACCCCGGCUCCACGUCCCAGAACAACUUCAACUUCGCCACCUGGGACACCUGGGCCAAGUCCGUCUCGCGCAACAAGAACGUCAAGGUCUUCCUCGGCGUGCCGGGGAGCUCGACCGCCGCGGGAAGCGGGUACGUUUCGGUGGAGGCGCUGGCGCAGAUCAUCGCGUACACCAAGGGCUUCUCGUCCUUUGGGGGCGUGAUGGCCUGGGACGUCAGCCAGGUUAUGGCCAAUAGCGGGUUUCUGGCUGGGGUGCGAGCGGCGCUAGGUUCGGGGUCCGGGUCGGGGUCGGGGUCGACGACUGUGAGUCCCACUACUGCUUCGACGACUACCUCUACGUCCACUCCUACUACCACUACGUCCAGCACGACGAGUGCCCCGACGACCUCGACGAGUGUCACGACAACCUCGACGACGAGUAGCACGACGGCUCCCACAGGUAGCUGUCCCACGGCCGGCGCGCGCUGUUCGGGGGGAGGGGCCGCGUGCAACGGGGCAAGCUUCGGGCUGUGCGAUAACGGAGUGUGGGUGAUGCAGCCGUGCCCCGGUGGGCUGGUUUGUAUCCAGGGGGGAGCAGGCGUGUACUGUGGGUAUCCUGCAGAUAAACCCGCUGGGUCUUGUUAG